ACCGUGGAUUAUAUAUUUUUUAUUCUUUAUUAUCAAUUACGUGUAAGUGACGGGUAUAUGAGAAAAAGAAAAGUAUGACCUUGUUAACGGAUAAAUAUAUGAAGGGACGUCUGCGGAUGCUUAGGGGUUCGAUCAUUAACAAUGAAGUGACGUCUGCGGAUGCUUAGGGGUUAUAUUUACCAUGUCCGCUCGGCUUGUAGAUGCUCUUAGCGUUGCUGCUGCCCGGUUGUAUAAUCAAGCUAAAGCGUUCUCUCUGAGGAAACAAUCCCAGCGAAGUUUUCGUUCCGCCUCGCCAGAUCGAGAAAAGGCAAGCCGGAAUCGAUAGUCAGGUCGACCGCGAUGGCGCCCGGGCCACUUAACCUUGUGACGGUCAUGGAGCAGUUCCAUGUCUCGCCGUCGCCGUCACCACCGGCCGAGAUGCCACGGGCGCUGCCGCUCACCUUCUUCGACCUCGCAUUCUGGGACGUCCCGCCCGUGCAGCGCCUCUUCUUCUACGACAACGCCGACCUCCUCGGCGCCCCCGAGUUCCUCCUCCACGAGCUGCCUCUGUUCAAGAAGUCCCUGGCCGCCGCGCUGCACCACUUCUACCCCUUGGCCGGGACGCUGGUCCGCAGCAUACCGGAGGCCGGGGCGCCCGAGGUCGUUUUCUCAGAAGGCGACUCUGUCCGCCUGACUGUUGCGGUCGGCGGCGACGACUUCCAGGACCUCGCCGGCGACCAAGCGCGCGACACCGCGAGGCUCCGUCCGCUGCUGCCUUCCCUGCCGGAACAUGGCGAUGGCGGUGGUUCUCGGUGCAGCACUCAGGACGUCUUUGCCGUCCAGGUCACCCUGUUCCCUCACGCCGGUUUGUGCAUUGGCACAACGCUACACCACGCCGUGGCCGACGGUUCCAGCUACGUGCACUUCAUGAGGACGUGGGCAGCCAUCCACCGCCUCGGCCCCGAGCGCGGCGGGAAGUGGGCCGCGCCCCCGCUGCUCGACCGUAGCGUCGUGCGAGACGACAACGGGCUCCGCGAGGUGUUUCUCCGCGACCACCGGGCUCUCGCGGCGGCCGGCGGCAAGCGGCCCCACGACUGGGACCUCAGCAAACGCCCGGGCGCCGCUCACCUCGCGACGUUCCGGUUCACGGACAGGCUGCUCCGUGGGCUCGGAAGGCAGGCGGAGACCGAGACCUCGGCACGGCGGUGCUCGCCCUACGCGCUGGCGUGCGGUGCGGCGUGGGCGGGCAUCGUGCACGCGCGCGGCAGCAACGCCAGCUUCGGGUUCGUGACGGGGUGCAAGCCCCGCGUGACCCCGCCGGUACCGGGAAACUACUUCGGCAACUGCCUCGGGCUCUGCCGCGUGGAGGAGCAGGAGGAGGCGAAGCUGAGCGGCGGCCUCACCGCGGCCACGGCCUCGGCGGCGAUCUGGCGGGCGAUCGAGGGGCUCCAGGAGCAGGGGCGGGUGUUCCGGGACGCGCGCGGGUGGGUGCGGCUGGUGCGGGAGUACGCGUCAGCGCGCGCGGUGACCGUGGCCGGGUCGCCGAAGCUGGGCGUGUACGCGGCGACGGACCUCGGAGCGCCGUGGGGACGGCCGCGGAAGGUGGAGAUCGUCUCGGUGGAGCUGACGGGCGCGCUGGCGCUGGCGGAGAGCGGCCGCGAUGGGGACGGCGGCAUCGAGGUCGGGCUGGCGCUGCCGCGCCGCGAGAUGGAGGCGUUCCGCGUGUUCUACCACGACCUGCUUGCCGCAGCGUCAUCGUACUGACAGCGGCAAGGUGUGACGUGCGUACGUUUGGACACGUCCAUCGUUGUUUGCCCGACAGCUACCGCAGCCGUGACGUUUGCUGGGGCAGUUUGGCCUUGUCUUUUUUAUUUUAAUGUUUUUAUAAUUUUUUUAGUGAAUGUAUUUUAUGUUUGAGUAUGGCCUUAUCUAUGCGUUCAUCACUCGAUGAUUUACGACGUGUGGUAAAACAAAGUUGGAGUAAAUGUACCUCUUAUCUAUGUGUGGCGCUCGAUCGUCGGGAGGAAAGGAAUCUUCACGGCAGCAGCCAGCGGUAGACAGUGUUUGUCCAUA